UCGACACAACAUGGCGACAACUAAACCUGUGCACACGGUCGUGCUAGACACUGGCGCUAUUAUCAAGAACGAGCCUCCUGUAUCGACACUUUUGAGUCAAGCCGAGGAACUAGUCACUGUUCCUGCCAUCAUCUCAGAAAUCAAGGAUGCAGCUACUCGGCUUCGAGUCGAAACUACCCUGAAGCCUUUCCUGAAAAUCAGGUCGCCGAACCCGACGAGUGUCAAGUUCGUGACUGACUUUGCGCGCAAAACGGGUGAUCUUGCGGUAUUGAGCAAGCCUGACGUGCAGAUUAUUGCUUUGACUUACGAAAUCGAGUGUGAACGGAACGGAGGCGAUUGGAGGUUACGGAAGGUGCCUGGGCAGAAAGGGUUGAAUGGUGCACCGCCGACCAAGGAGACCACAGAGAAUCAAGAAGGCGUGGAAACUCAGGCCGAGCAGCCGGUCACAGAGCAGACUGCUGAAGUGGCGAAGGGAAGCGAUGAAGCAAUUGACGCACAGCCCGAAUCAGUGGCGCAAGAAACCGAAGCGGCAGCUACAGAAGCCACAGAUUCUGUGCAGGAAAUAACUGCUGAGCUGCAGAAUGCAGAUUUGGAGACGAUCGAGCCUGUCGCAUCUCCUGAUGCUCCACAAGUCGACUCUGCCCAGAACUCUGCAGAAGAUCAGGCUGAAUCAGAAUCAGACUCAGACUCUGAAGGCUGGAUCACACCUUCGAACCUCAAGAAGAAACAAGCAGAAGAUGCCGGAGCAUCAACAGCGCAGACUCCAGAACCAAAGACCAUGCAAGUCGGAGUCCUGACUUCGGAUUUUGCCAUGCAGAACGUGAUACUGCAAAUCAACUUGAACCUGCUAUCGCCUUCGAUGUCGCGAAUCAAGAACUUGAAGACGUACGUUCUUCGAUGCCACGCAUGCUUCCAUGUGUGCAAAGAUUUGAGCAAGCAGUUCUGUCCACGAUGUGGUCAGCCCACACUUACCAGAGUGUCGUGCUCUACAAGUGCCAACGGGGAAUUCAAGUUGCAUUUGAAGAAGAACAUGCAGUGGAACAACCGAGGAAAUCGGUACAGUGUGCCAAAGCCAGUGCAUGGAACGGCGAAUGGCAAGAACACUGGUGGUGGGAAGCAGGGCUGGGGUCACGAUUUGAUCCUCGCUGAAGAUCAAAAAGAGUUUGAGAGGGCAACAGCACAGGAGCGAAGGACGAAGGAAAGGAGCUUGAUGGAUGAGGAUUAUCUCCCGAGCAUUCUGACCGGCGACCGCAAUCGAACAGGCGGGAGGACGCGUGUGGGAGCUGGGAGAAAUGUGAACUCGAGAAAGCGAUGAGAUAUGAACAUGUUGACUCAGAAGUGUCUCAAAGUAAGGCUGGGUUUGGGCUGGCAUUAGAGGCUCUGGCAAAGGCGUUUGGUGUUUUCGAAGGCCUCAAGAGCUUUGACGAGACUAUGACCAAAACGAUGUUGUCAAAGACGAGGUCUACAUGGCUGGAGUCUUGGGUGACGAUUGGAGUCAGAGCCCUUUGUAGUUUCGAUCCAGGUGUUGAAUUCAUGUGAAGGUGGCGCACAUGCGCGUUGCUAGUUCCUGCCUAACGUCAGGCAAGUAAAGACAAAUGAAACAUUGUCCUCACUCGACUUCGAGCUUGCCACGCGGGUACUCACAUUUCAAAGACACCACAACAAAUAAAGCCUUCUGCACAUGUUCAAGAACCUACCGACCCUAUUUCACACAACGUUCCGACCUUAACAGAGGAGACCUCAGAGCCAUCGCGAAC